CGGCCAGAGACAGAACCUCGCGGGAUGCACAUUUGGCGGCGUCGAGGGGCUGAGCACCAUCGAGGUGACGGGCGACCAGCUGUCGGCGCGGCGUCGAGCUCAGGCGCUGGUCGACCCCGGGGCAGGGAACGACCUGGAGGGCAUCGAGACGCUCAACCAGCAGUCCCAGGCACUGGCUAGGCAGGAGGCGCGCCUCGAGUUGAUUCCGAAGAAUCUCCAGCGCCCUCAAGCAGCUCGCGGAGUCGGCGGCCCUGCCAGGGUGGUCUGCAGUAUCCUUUUUCCUUUCUGCAUGGCCGGCGUUCUUGGCAUAGUCGAGACCACCGUUCUCAAAGAUGACGUUCCGCAUAUCCUCGGCGUGAAUUUGCUGGAUUUUCUCGCAUUGGUCAUCGAUUUGCCUAUGAAUCAAGCGUUUUUUGCUGACGCUGGAGACAGGAGUUGCCUUCUCGCGGCUGGUCUCGGGCCACCGCGUGGCGACGAUCGUUCAGGAGCUGGGCGCCGCACUGCCCGACUCAGCCCGGCGCCGCAAUCCUUUUCCUGGCGACGAGGCCAUCAAGUUUCGCACCGGCAUCGUUUUGCGGUCGAGUUUCGCGCCCGUCAAGCUUCUGAAAGACCUC